AUGCCAGGUGACCGCCGACAUCGAGAUGCCCACUGCUCCAUUGAUGUCCAAGGUGGCCUCGUCAGAAUUUUCCCCUGUCCAAUGAUACGGUCUCUAUUGACGCGUAGGAUUCUCAAGUUCACCUCAGACUGGAAGACCGACAUAAAUUUGGCAAUCAUCAGGCUCCAUACGCUCUACGAGACUUGGAAGACGUUGACGCCAAGGAGGCGGCACAGCAGGGUCUCUAAUUGCGGCCUAUGGUAUCCUCGCAGAGCUUCAUGCACUGCCAGACGUCGGCUGCACUGGAAAUACCAAAGUCCCUUGCCAGCGUGCCAUCGCUUUGCUGGUCUUGAUGAAGGAGAGCAUGGACAGGGACUUGAAGCGCCAGACUGGGAGCCUGGCUAA